UUAAUUGAUAAGAGGUAAAUGUGUAAACAAUUAAAAAGUUAAGACGCACAGUGGAAAAAGCAAUGAUGAGUGCCACAAUUCAUGGACUGAGUUGGUUUCCGCAAUUUCCAGACAAACUCGUAACCUGGGGGCAAGAAAUUAAGUUAUAUGAGCGCACGCAACACGAUGAUAGCCGGCGAAGUGCAUUGCCGGAUAUAUCGGCUAACGGUAAUUCUCUAGGGUGGGGUAACAACCCCUAAAAAAGGUGCGGAAAAGUCGGGAGGGGUACCAAACGACGCGUUUCGGCCCCCCUAAUAAUAAUCCGGAGGGGGGAACUAAUAUUAUUAACCAUUUAAAAGUUAUGAACAAAAAACUUUUGUUA